AUGGCGAACGAGAACGUCCCGCCACCACAACCAGUGCCUACGGGGAUACCAGUUUUGCGCCACGACAGAAGAGCCCCGCCUCGAAACGACAAAGGUCAAAUAUUUUGCGACCAUGUUGACUGCGGCGAUCGAACCAAAAUUUUCUGGAGACUCUGCGACUGGAGCAGGCACAUAGACACCCACCAACGUCCCUAUAAAUGUUACGAACCCGGCUGUGAGCUCAUCCUCGGAUUUACCUACAACGGCGGGCUCUUGCGCCAUUACCGCGAAGUGCACAAGAUGCACGCGACGACGCAACCGCUCUUUUGCCCCUUUGAAGAGUGCCCGCGAAGCUCAGGCCGGGGUUUCACGCGCAAGAGUAACCUCGACGACCACAGGCGGCGAAUCCACAAGGUGGGAGCGCCGCCACCCAGUCGAGCGGCAGCGUCCCAUUCUCAGCCUCGCACUAGGAGAAGGAGAAGGAGAGAGUCGAUCGCGGUAGCGAAUAAACUCAGUGGCGACGAAGACAUCGCCGAAAGCCAACUUGAUCGAGCGUUGCGAGUCGAAAUCCGAAAUAAGGACGACUAUAUUCGGAAGCAAGCGGCCGAAAUCGAGCAAAAAGACGAGUACAUUCUGAUGCAAGCGGCAGAGAUACGAAGGUUGCGCUACCUCUGCGCCCUCCAGUGA